AUGCCCAGCAAAAAGGACCAUGGUGGAUCCGAUGAAGAGAAGGUCAGUCCGCUGUACAGCUUUAUUAACACGCUGCUGAGCCUGCUCGUCCAGGGAUACGGCAAUGAUGGAGAUACGCUGCCUUCUCUUACCUCCACCGUGAAGCAGGCCAAGAAGACAAUCGAAACAGAGGCAUCGAAAAUUCAAGGAGAGGCAUCGAAAGUUAAAGAGCGCCUU